AUGUUUGACCCCAGCGUUUUGGAUGUUCCGGCUGUAAUCUUUGACAAUGGGUCUGGGCUGUUCAAAGCAGGUAUCGCAGGGGACAGUGGCCCAAGGUCUGUUUUUACAGCAAUUGUUGGGCGCUCUAAAGUGAAAGCUACAAUGCUGGGAGCUGGGCAGAAAGAAUAUUACAUUGGAGAAGAAGCUCAGUCCAAACGGGGAGUCCUGUCUUUGAAUUACCCGAUUGACCAUGGCAUAGUUACGUCCUGGGAUGAUAUGGAAAGGAUCUGGAGACACGUGUAUGAGUACGAGCUGAGAAUCAAGCCCUAUGAAAGGCCAGUGCUGCUGACUGAAGCCCCCCUCAAUCCUCUGCAGAACAGGGAAAAAAUGACCGAGAUCAUGUUUGAAAGCUUCAUGGUACCAGCCAUGUACAUUGCAGUCCAGGCCACCCUGGCACUCUAUGCAUCGGCUCGUAUCACUGGGCUGGUCAUGGACAGCGGGGAUGGUGUCACCCACACUGUCCCCAUAUAUGAAGGAUACUGUUUACCCCAUGCUGUCUCCAGGCUGGAUCUUGCUGGCCGGGAUAUCACCGAAUACUUUAUGAAGCUGCUUUUGGAGAGUGGACACACUUUUGUUAGCACAGCUGAAAGGGAAAUUGUCAGAGAUAUCAAGGAGAAGUUGUGCUACAUAGCUUUAGACCCUGUCCAAGAGAUGAAAGCGAAGCCAGAAGAGCUCAUGAAGGAGUACAAACUGCCUGACAACAAUAUCAUCCAGAUAGGCAACCAGCUCUUCCGUGCACCAGAGACCCUUUUCAUGCCUGCAAACAUUGGAGUGGAAGCUCCCGGCGUGCACAAAAUGAUCUUCAACAGCAUCAUGACGUGCGACAUCGACGUGCGCAGGAGUCUUUAUGGCAAUAUCCUCCUCUCAGGUGGGUCCACGCUCUUCCCUGGCCUGGAGGAGCGGAUCCUGAAGGAGAUGAAGCUGCAGGUGCCUUCUGGCAUGUUUGUGAGGAUCGUCGCACCCCCCGAGAGGAAAUACUGCGUGUGGAUUGGGGCCUCCAUCCUCACCUGCCUGACAUCGUUCCGACAAAUGUGGGUCACCGUGAAUGAUUACAGGGAUUUUGGGGCUGCUGUCAUUCACCGCAAGGGCUUUUAA